AAUUAAUAACAUGUGUAAAGAAUUAUGUAUUGGUUUAUGUAACAGGUUCUAGAUUUAUCUAUAUAGCUCACCAGUAUGUAGUCUGUCUUUAGAAAAAUUUUAGUGGCACAGACAAAAUGUUUUUAUCUUGCAUUUUUGACCAAACUCUACAAAAGAGGCAGAAAAUAAUGGAUCAGAUUCUGAAGUAUAAAUUAGCAUAGCCUCAACAAAGGCAAGUUAUCAAUGUAAUUUAUCCAGCUCAGGUGCUGACCAGUACUAGCUCACUUGCAGCUGUAUUAAAUGUGUAAUUUCCAAGUGUACAAAACAACUCUGCAAGUUUUAGAACUAAUCAAUCUUUUCUUCAAAUCUAGUGAAGCAGAGGAAUGUCUCUUGGAAGGGUUCAAAGAUAAAUUCAGGUUGCUGUAAGAAAUUUAAAAUCAUUUUCUUAAAUACUGAAAAUUAUAACAUGUUUUCAUAAAUAGCCUGAACUAUUGAUGGCUUUUAUCACUUGCCAUUGAACCUCAAAAAUAUGUAGCAGAAGUAUAAGUGUUCAGAUAUAAGCAAAGAGAAAGGGAGAAUGUGUGUCCUAAUAUUUAUGUGUGGAUCUUUGCUGAGCAUAUUUUAUUUGGUUAUAUAUUUAGCUUUUUUAAAGCAGUCCUUCCUCUUAAUGUUAUGGCUUCUCCUAGAAAUAAACGAUAUAAAUAAAGACUUCUCUCCAUACAGAAAAAAGAACCGAACAACAAUGCUGAGGUUUGUUGUCACCCUCUUUGCUGUCAUAAUGUCAUCUACCUGCCAAAAGUACGGAUGUCUGGAAGGGGACACCCACAAACUGAAGCCAAGUCGUGAGCCAAAUAUGCAUGAAUGCACUCUGUACUCUAAAUCUUCCUGUUGCUAUGUAGACUUCACAGAGCAAUUGGCUCAUUCCCCAGUAAUUAAAGUAAACAACAGCUACUGGAACAGAUGUGGGCAGCUCAGUAAAUCCUGUGAAGAUUUCACAAAGAAAAUUGAGUGCUUUUACCGGUGUUCACCACAUGCUGCUCGCUGGAUCCAUCCCAAUGACACUGCUGCUAUUCGGUCUGUUCCACUGUGUCAGAGCUUUUGUGAUGACUGGUAUGAAGCCUGCAAAGAUGAUUCCAUAUGUGUUCAUAACUGGCUGACAGACUGGGAAUGGGAUGAAAGUGGAGAAAACCGCUGUAAGAAUAAAUGUAUUCCAUACAGUGAGAUGUAUGCAAAUGGGACUGACAUGUGCCAGAAUAUGUGGGGGGAGUCAUUUAAGGUGAGUGAAUCCUCCUGCCUCUGCUUGCAAAUGAACAAGAAGGACAUGAUGGCAAUCAAGUAUCUCCUCUCCGAAAGCUCAGAGGAAAGCUCCAGCAUCAGCAGCAGCGAGGAACAUGCCUGCCAAAAGAAACUCUUGAAGUUUGAGAAACUAAGGGGAGAGGAAGGGGAACAGACAAGAUAAAUGCUGGUGGAUGUAUGUCAGGACAAGAGAAGUCAUCGUGGAGGCUGGGCUCAGGGCAUCACGCCAGCCUGCUUUAUGCCUUACUUCCUGGAACAUAAUAAAUCAAUG